AUGUCCGGCGAUGUGCAUCCGAAUCCGGGUCCAGUCAGCACAAGAUCUAACUCUGCUAGCUCCGUCUCGUCAAGUUCUACUGUCGAAACUAUAGACUUAUCUUCUCAUUUUUCCUUUAUGCAUUACAAUGUGCAAAGCAUUAAACACAAACUUGAAACUCUCUAUGCUGAAUUCAAGGACUUCGACAUUCUUUCCUUCUCUGAAACAUGGCUUAACGCUUCUACGCUCAACAAUGAUCUUAUUUUUGAUGGCUUUCACGACCCAGAAAGGAAAGACCGACCUGCGAAUAGCCACGGUGGAGUACUCCUGUAUGUAAAAGAACAAUUCAGAUAUAAGCGCCGACAUGACUUGGAAAUCCAAAGUGUCGAAUGCAUUUGGAUUGAACUUAUCACCAAAACAAAGCGUAUUCUCUUUGGUACAUUCUAUCGACCUCCAAACACCACAGCUCCUGAACACUCUCUCAUUGAAGACUGUAUACAUCUUGCUGUAGACACAGGCAUACCUGAUAUAAUCGUCACUGGAGACUUUAACAUCAACAUGCAAAACCCAGAUGUCUCUAGAAAGAUCAGCAGUUUAUGCCAAAGACUCUCUCUCACACAAUGCAUAUCAGACCCAACGCACUUUACUGAAAAUUCGUCCUCACUAAUUGACAUUAUUCUUACAUCGAAUCAUAGACUUAUACACGCUUCUGGGGUUGGUGUACCAUGCCUUGACCAACAAGUGCGCUUUCACUGUCCAAUUUUUGGUCUCAUCAAUUUCAAGAAAUCUAAAAUUCACACCUUCAAACGACAUAUAUGGCUAUUCGACAAAGGCAAUUACCAAUUACUACGAGAGAAAGCAGCAAACAUAAACUGGCACCAACUUAAACAUACAAACAUAAAUACAUAUACCAAAAACAUCACAGACACUAUUCUUAGCAUUUCUAAAUCUUGUAUUCCAAACAAAGACGUUACCAUCAGACCCAGCGAUCCACCCUGGUUCCCUCCAAACUUGAAAAAAAUGAUCAGACAAAGGCGUAGAUAUUACAAGAAAGCUCAACACACAAACACAGAACAUGACUGGUUGAAAUUCAGAACACUUCGCAACAAAAUAAUAACUACCAUCAGACAAUCUAAGGAAAAAAAUAUACACCAGCUAGCAACAAACCUCAAAACGAUACAACAAAACUCUAAGUCCUGGUGGGCGUGUUUGAAAUCUUUCAUCAAACCAGCAUCCUCUUCUUCUUCCUCCAUUCCCCCUCUUCAAGACGGCGAUGAUAUUGCAGAGGACGACCAAAUGAAAGCAGACAUUCUCAAUGACUAUUUUAGAGACCAGACACUUCUGAGUGAGCCCGAGAACAUUGCACCGGAACUAAAAGGUGAUAUAUCUCCUCUGUCCACAAUGCCUCCGAUCCAAGUAUAUCCUGAUGAAGUCAUGACCGUCUUGAAAACCUUACCUCUUGGUAAAGCAGCGGGCCCAGAUGGUAUCAACAACAGAAUCCUCAAAGAGCUCUGUAAUGAAUUAUCCACUCCUUUGGCAGAUUUGUUUAACAAAUCUCUCACUUCAUCCGAAUAUCCCGAUACAUGGAAGGAAGCAUUUGUCACACCUAUUUUCAAGACAGGAGACCGAUCUGUUCCGGAAAUUAUCGUCCUAUAG